AUGGCGCGGAGAGUUGAGCUGGAGGAUCUCGAGUCCUGUCGUCCGAUCGAGACUAGCGCUGUCGAUUGCCUUCAUCUGCAGCUGUACCGCGACUCGAAGGAUCGCUACAAGAACGGCCAAACGAAGGCGUCGCUCUCACUGCAGCACUUUCUCGGCGUGGAAUCGGGCUUCACGCUGGACAAGGAGUCCAACACGAUAGCAAUCAUCUGCCAGGACGUGAUCGUCGUCCUGGCGUUCGAUACUCGCGAAAGACUGAUACAAUGGCAGGUGAAAAUAUCCAACAACCUCGGGGAUGAUCUCCAGUACCUGGUUCUGGUUUCAUCGGCACCACCGAAAGCGAAACUCUCCACCGGACCCGCCAGGAUGCACAUCCAGGAUCAUCGGUUCUGUCUCACGACGGGUGUCCCGCCGCGGUUGACAGGACUUUGGCAGAUCGAGCAUUUAAGACGAUAUGGUGUGGUGGACAAUCGGUUUUGCUUUGAGGGUGGUUCGAGCUGUGGGAAAGGCGAAGGACUGUACGUUUUCGUGACGGAUCUGGGCGAGGAAAUCACGCACACGUUCAAACUAGCAUCGCAGGGUAAACUCGCCAGUAAGAAACGGGCCACAGCGCGGAAAAUUGCAGCCCUCGACAGUCCACGCAAAGGCUCGGAGUCUCGCUCGACGACCUACAACGACGAAAUCUGCACCGUGCACAUCGAAAACUCGAACUGCACCUGCCGGAACUCGUACUGGCCGUCGACGGAGUCACGCGAUCUCGACAGCAAUUACGGGUGUGGCGAUACGGCAUCCGUUUCCGAGUGCCACGACAGCAUCAAUGAUUUGGAUUCGUUUCCAAGGAGUGCGGUGGCGAACCUCGAGCGCUGCAUGAGUUGCAUCUCAAAGCUCGGAGCGCCCUCGAUGUCACGCAGCUCAACCGUCACGGGCACACCCGGAGCAGUUGCACCCCUACCAGCCUGGCACAUGCUGACCGAGCACAACAACCACAUCAACCAGGCCCACAAGUUGCCAACGCCCCAGCUCGCACUCGACCGGAUGUCGCUCUGCUCACACGGCAGCAGCAACAACUCCGAGUACUCCAUCCCGCGGCAGGCGUGUGGAUCCGGAACCGGUGACUCCAGCUGGUACGAGAAAGCGCCCUCCCAGCAACAGCAGCAGUUGCCAGCUUGCACCGUCCACCACCGAUCGACGUCCCCGUGCAGCUGCCCAACCGUACCAGGUCGGCCUCCGAAACCGAGGGACAUUUCGCUGCACAUAACGGCACCGCUUCACACCGCCAUCGGCAUGGCCAGCGGCAGGACACCCCAGCAACACCAACACAGUGUCGGUCCGUACGAGAACUAUGACGUGCCGAAGACGCCCGUUGCCAUUGAGGGUACGCCGGCUGGAUGCACGCCUGGUGAAAACUACGACACACCGAAGAAAAUACAAGAGUACCUGUCGAAGGAGAGCAAGGACGUGGCCGAUGGUGGCGCCAGUGGUGGUGGCUACGGGAACUACGACAUGCCGAUGUCACUAACGAAAGCGGUCUGCAGCUGUUUGGGUGGGGAUGGUGGUGCACCGCCGGUGGUACCUCCGGCUAAGGAACGGGUGGACUGUACCUGCCAUCGUGUGAUGUCCUGGGCGGACAAUUGGAUCUCACUGCCACUGUGCAAGCGCGGACAUGGCAUCGAGAACACGACCGUACAGGUGAACAAGGUGAAGCUGAGCGGUGAGGGCAAGAUGCCCGUCAUGGACGCGAGUGGGGCCAGCGAUAGUGGCGCCAUCUAUGCCACGGUCGAUAUAGCGCAGAAGAUCCGCCGGAAGUUGGAACGGGUAGCGUGUGCGUGUGAGGAACCGCUUGUGACGCAACCGCAGGCUAGUGGCCCGAAACAGCUCCCAGCCAGCUGCUACGAUAACUAUGAGGAUGUGGAAAUUAAGCCGGUGGCCGCGGAGGUGACCGCGAACUAUGCCAACUUGGAGUUUGAGCGGUCGCUCGAGAACUACGAGAACUCCAAAGAGGUGCUUCAACGCGCCGGACUUUGUCCUGGAGCGCCCUCUGGUGAGGAUGAGGAAGAACCACGAGUUUGCCACAAGUGUGGCCAUCCGAGUGCGAAGACUCCCGAGGACAUGGACGGCAGUCGGGUGGAGGCCGGAACAGAGGCACCGCCGUCGUCCUCGGUAGACGAUAAACAGGAGAACUACAUGAUGAUGGAACCAGGCAACCGGAAAUCCAAGUUCCCCGGGUACAUCCCGAUGUCUCCGGCAGCGCCCACCGCAUCGGUGGCUUCGGGGACAGAAACGGCUGACGGGCAGAUGUCGCCAACGGCUCCACCGCUUCCCUCAAAAUCGGACAUUUUGAAGCAGCGAAUGAGCCGAAUCAUCGGUGAGAAAUCGGCCAGCAAUCCGAGCCUCUCGGGACCUGCGGUGGAUCGAACCCGGAAGCGAAUAGACGACGAAUCCCGUGUCUCGGGAAGCGCAAUGUUGCGCGCUACUCUGGCUAGUCCGUACACCCGUAAGCAGCUGUUGGACAGCAGUGACCUGCUACCAACGGGUGGUGCCGAGAAGAGACUAUCUCCUCGAAAGCGAUCCGCUUCGGCGGAAUCCUCGCGCUUCCUUGACGCCGAGGGCGAUGACGUCGAAAGUCCGCUCAGUGGAACGGCUUCCCCAAGCACUGAGACGCUCAUGCGCAAGACACCAACACCUGGUUCGGACCUGCGACGAUCUUCUUCACCCUGCGUACAUCAAGAGAUGGAGACGAGUGACAAAGCGGCACCGGUUGCAGAAGCCGAGGACGAUCUCUCAGCAUCGACAAAUCCGGCUUCCACGAGCCAAGCCUCGCAAUCGGUGUACAUUCGGCGCUCGGAGAGUGUCCCUUGUAAGGCACAAAACCGGGACAGCUCGAGCUCGAACGACUCGGGUGUGUCAACAGGAUCACUUCGGCAGCGUGGCACCGACUUUACAGAUUUCGAGCUUCCGCUUACGACCGCAAUGUCAGCGCGGCGCCACCAACGACAUGUCCUGCCAGCACAGAACUGCGUGCACGCGUCCCUUCCACGCCGCUCGAAGUCGUUUGAUCCGCUGCGGGAGCUGUCCUUCCAGUUCCAGAAAGUGCGUGUGCCCGAAAAAAGCACCUCAGCCGAAGCGGAAGUUCCGGUUUGUCCACCCAAAGUCAAGGACGCGAUGGCUGGAGCUCCUGGAGCACCCUAUAUCGAUUCCCGGAGUACCAGCAGCGGUACGUCCGACAUGUCCGACUACAUCGAGACGCUUUCGCUCUCUAGUCACAGUUCCUCCGACACGCCCGAAGGCAUGAGGCACAUCCGGCAGGCGACGUCAACGCUGAGGCCACGCUCCGGCAAGGAGUACCAGAACAUCGACCGCUCGAUACUCUCACUGACGCAGGCAAGCACGGACGCAAUCAAGGUGCCCGGUACGCCAUCGCAACUGCGCGGAUUGCUCUCCUGCUCGGCCAACUACGCCAACAUCACGCCUGUGCCCGAGAACGCCGAGUCACCCAGCCCGGGCUACCAGAGUGGCACCUCGCCGCAGGACGCACAGGGUCAGCACUUUAUGUUUAAGAACUCAUCGUAA